UCCUGGAUUGAUUCAAUAGUCAGGAAGCAUAAAAUGUCGUUUGUAUCCAGAUGGAUGCAAAGAAUAUCCCAAAGGAGUCGGGAUGGAUUGGCGUUGUCACGAGCUAUGUACCUUGCCGUUCCACGAGCAGCUCCUGCGAAUACUACUAUUCCGGAACGAAUCAAAGCGGUGUUGUUAGAAGAAUCUCGACAACCUUCGAACAACAGCGUUGCAAUAUCGCUUCUCAAAAUUGAUAAAGAGAUGGGUUUGGUGAAGUAUUGGGGCUUGGCGGAAUAUAUGCGGCAAAAACAAGACUCGUUUGUUUUGCCCUCGAUUCUUUCAUCGAACUCAAAUUCCUCUUUACCAGAAAAUCCCGACAGCAAAGUCUCCGUCACGGAUUCUCCUGGAACUGGUGCUGCGAUCAGCACCCAUUCAGCAAGCUCUGGUGCAAAGGUAGCCUUUAUGAUAACAUCUCCCAUGAAACAUGAUUUGAUCAAUAACUUGGGAUAUGAAACAAAUAUCAUCAAGGGCAUGACUCCACAACAGGCAUCGCUCGUAUUGCAUCAUCGGGUCCUUCCAGAAUCCUAUGAUGAUUGCAUCUCAAAAUUAGAGGAACAAUUCCAAGAGGAACAACAAAAAUUACAGGAGCAAAAAACUUGCCUCCAGGAAAAGGAACAAUUCGAAAUGGAGAAACAACCUAGGGAAGUCGAUGUCGAAGAUAAUUUGACUACAGCAGAGAUCGCUGCAAUUCCUUCUGAUAAUGCUAGUAAUAGCUUGUACGUUGCUUCGCAUGACAGAGAUGAAGGAUAUGAUCGAGAUAACAGAGUCAACAUUGAUCAAAAGCAGUUGAUUUUGUCCUCUUCUCAGAAUGAAGAAUUAUCAUCACUGUCUUCCGACAGUCGCCUUCCGAAUGACCUUGCAACAGAAUCACCCACACUACCAUCAACAGAGGAUCGAUUUAUCCCAGAGAGUAGUGUUCCUAAAGAAAAUUCUACUGAUACGAUUGUUAGAAAAGAAGAAGAGGAUAUGAAUCUUUGGUACGAGGUGGUAGAAAUCAAAGGUGAGAAAGCAUCCUCCGCUGCUAGUGAUGCGGGUGUAUAUUCAAACGAAGUACGACAUGGAUUGUACCGCAAUCGAGAUGAAGCAAUGUUGAGUUUGGAGACCCGCCAAAUGAUUAAAAAUCGUCGAGAACUCGAUACCAAUGAUAAUGGUGCCAAAAAUUCUACAGAAACGUCGUCAUCAUUUGUCCUGCGUCCCAUCUCCGACGAAGACCUCCGAGUGCAAUCAUGAAGAAAAUAGAUAGAGGCUGCCUGGGACGAAUAAUCAAGGUGCAUGGUU